UGUUUGUUGCACAACAACACUGAACGAACAGCUGACUGAACUAGAUUUCAAUUUCAAGAUCUCAAGAUCGAGCCUGAUGUUUCAGUUUGUUUGGAUCAGUUCCCAAGUUUUGUCGUUGAUCUUUACAAUUUUCUGACUGUUAGAUUUCUAUAGAUCUAUAUAGGCUCUAGAAUCUAGAUCUAGGUCGAACAUGGGUUUUGUUGGGGAAUCCAACGGUUAGGAUUCUACGUUUCUGUCCAAUAUUUGUGUGCUUGCACUUGCAACACAGUGUGUAUGGUGGUAUAGAUCUAGAAUCUAGAGACAGGGCCGAGUCUGCUCUUCGAACGUGGAGAAUGAAUCAACAGGUUGAUGAGGCUGUACCGACUGUCUCUGAGCUACAAGAUCAGCUCCGUCAAGCCAUUGACGGGCGUCACAUGGUGGAAGGGAAGCAGUACAUUGAUGCUCUGUCAGGUCAAGACACAGAUGCUCAGAGGCCAAGUUCACUAAAUCGCUAUGUCCAUUCUCAUCAGCCAGCAACACCUUUUCUUCAUGCCAUUGCCCGAGGGAAUCCAGAGCUAGCUCUUUAUUUGCUAGAGAAAGGCUGCAACCCUUUCGCAGAUACAGAUUCUGGUAAAGAGGGAAGUUUAAAAUUUCCCGAAGUCCGUCGUUCUAAGACUCUUUUUAAACUUUUUGAAAAAGCUGGAUUUCAGAAAGUGUUCUGCACAGUGUUAGAAAAAGCUGAAGAACUGAUUGUAAACAAAAAUGGGGACUCUGCUUUGCAUAUUAUAGUAAAGAAGAAACUCAUUGUCUUGUUUGAAGUAGCUCUUCGUUCGAAAUGGCUCGCAAGAAUGAUGAAGCAUUACAACAACCAGGGCUAUCUGCCAUUGCACAUAGCUGCAAGCUCCAACUUUGUUGAAUUCUUUCAAGUUUUUUCUCAACAGUGCUGCCCCAUUUCUUUAUUAAGGAGUAAUUUGUCAGCAGAUUGCGACUCUUCUCUUUUCUCUGAAGACCAUUCUGAUUGCAAAGAUAUUCAAAAUGGAACAAGCUGUUAUCUUCGAGACAAUGUCUUAGAGGCCAGCAAAAAUCUUAAGGUUAAUACAGCUCUCAAGUAUGCCAAAUGUACUGCUUUGCACCUUGCCGCUCGAGAGAAAUCACUAGUGAUAGUGAAAAUUUUGUUGCAAUUGGGUGCCAACGCGAACUGUUUGGAUGAGUGUGGAAGAACUGCACUAAUUGAGUGUUUAGACCACAGAGGAGAGAAAAAUAUAACUAGCUCUUUAAACACAGCUCUUUAUGAGGUAUGUCGAACGUUACUAGAGUCAGGGGCUAAUGCCAAUGUUAGAAGUCACAUCAGGUUCUCAGAACGACGUUCCAUGAGCAUCGAUGAUAUUCUCACCCCCUUACAUCUGGCUGCAAGGAUAGGGUUGAAAAAUGUUGUGGAGCUCCUGCUAGAAAAUGGUUCAAACCCCUGUCAGUUCAGUGGGGACACUGGAAAAAUUCCAGCCCAGUUUGCUUUGGAGCAAGGACAUAACGAGGCAGCUUUGACUUUGUUACGCUCUAGAUUGUACCCUGAUGGCUUCCUAGCUCAGCACGCAGACUAUGCCUUCAACUCACUUCUUCACUCUGCAGAUAAGUGCAACCCAGAAGUAACACAACUUCUUGUCCAGCUCCAGUGUCCCCUGGACAGACCAAAUGUGAAUCAUUUACGGCCUCUUGACAAAGCCAUUAGCAGCAAGAACAUUUCUUUUGUCCAGCUACUGUUAGAUACACAGCCAAGUAUUGUCAAUGUCCAGUUGUACCAAGACCCUAAGGCCUACCCUCCACUACAUCUAGCUGCUAGCUCUGGUGAUGUAACUCUGUGCAGGUUGAUUCUCUCCUACGGUGCUGACAUCUACACAAGGGCAUACGGCAAGCACCCUGCCUACCGCAAAGCUUUGAGAUUCAACAGGCAUGAAGUAGCUGUCUUUCUUUGUGAGCAAAUGUCUCGUCCUUUCCCACCUCAGGUGCAAGAAGACCUAAAAGACCAUCUGGACCAGCUUGAGACACCAUUAUCUCAACGACUGAAGCAUCGACUCGAGUCUGUCCCAUCUCUUGUGGCAUUGUCCCUAGACGCUAUCAGACAAGUGUUCAUCAAGAAGUAUCUGUGCUUUAAAUAUAUGGACCACCUCCCUCUCCCAGCCUCACUAAUUAGAGCUCUUAAGUAUCAAAAUAUAGAUUGUUCAGGAUGACUUUUUAUUUGAUAUUCUUUUUCGUUUCACUAGUUGCUUCUUCUUCUCUAAGAUGUUUAAUUAGAGUAACCACUUCUGAUACGCCAGUGUCUGUGAGUUGAAACAGCAUGCGUCCUGAAUGAUCUAAAGUGUGUAAUUCAUGAGCUUGUCCCACUUCAUGUCUUUCGUGAUAGGUGCCUAUAAUAUCAUUUCUUGGGUAUAACAGACUUCAAUGAUGACAAGGUCCUAAAUUUAGAAACUUGGUAGAUCAUCAUCUUCUUCUUAGUUUUUUUUUCAGUUGUCAGGUGUUGCAUUUCGGACCUUUCUGCAAUUAAAAAACCCCUCUUGACUCUUGUGUUGUUUGGAUCAAAGUAAGAUCAAAAUGGGUAAAACUCAGAGUCUAUUCAGUAUUUUUAAAAUCUAUGAAGAAACUAUAUUGCAGAAGAACCUUUUAUGAACCAACACUCUCAAUUACUCAUAAAUGAAGGCAUCUAGUACUAGUUGUGACAGCAAAACAAACACGUUGGCAACCAUUAAGAUUUAAGUUUGAGUUGCUGUUUGGUUUUGAGAGCAAAAGGGAAUAGUCCACCUGAAAUUCAAUCUGAAUUAGUUACUGUAUAUGGCAAUAAUGUGAUGAGUAAAAACUAAAGAGGUACAUGUGUAAUCACUGGUGCAGUUUGUUAGGAGAAGGGCCUUCCAACUUAAGGGACACGCCACUUUCAGGACUUCAGUGUAACAAAACAAGAUGUAGAUUGAUGCACUUUUCUUUGGGAUAGGUGAAUCAACAUGCGUGAUAUUUCUCUGUCAGUAGAGCUUCCACCAACUGCAAUUCAAAGUAUAAUUUACCACCUGGGAUAUCUCUAAGAAUAGGCUUGAUUGACCCCUAAGCUAAGAAGAGUAGCUCUAUUAUGUAAGCAUCCCACAUGUAAAGGUUUUAUUUGAAUCACAAUAAUUUGUUGGUUCUUUGACCAUUUGCUGUACUUUCCGAACAAUCCUUGAAGUUGUUUUGGUUCUAAGCCAGGUUUCUAUAUUCUGUUGCUGUCUUCUGAUAGGUUUCCCCAUUACUCCCUUGCCUUCUGCCUUUGCUGCUUCUAGAAUUUUUAUUUUGAGUGAAUCAUGGCAUUUUACAUGCCUAGAGUUCUUCAGUAUCAGUUUGAUUAUGAUCUGGAAAAAUGUUGGUGUUUCUAUACCUAUUCUUUCUAGUACGUUAUCAUUCUUUAAUUUCUGUCUCCAGGAUAUUUUCAGAGUUCUUCAAAAACAUUUCAUUUUGAAAGCUUCACAUCUGAAGUGGGGAAUAUGGUAUUUCUCAGAAUUCUUAUUUUUCUAUCUCUGCAUUGUCCUUUCUAGAUGUAUGUCGACUAUUGCUAUUUUUGAUGUUGAGAUUACAAUUCAUUUAGUCUCUGGUUUGUUUUUUUCCUUUUGCCUCAAUCCUGUCUAAAAGAUAUUCAAAACUGUAUUCUCUUUCUAUAUACCUUGAUCAUGAUAUGGGAUUCCCAAGAUAUAUUAUAUAUAUAUAUGAGUAUGUCCUCAUUGUGGCUCAGAAAUAUUUUCCCUUAAUAUUUGAAAUGAAAUGUGGAGUUUCUCUAGUUUAAAUAGUAUUCUAUAAAAUGUCCUCACAUUUUUCUCACUGUACGUUUUGUAUGAUGAGAAUAAAAGCUUAGUUCCAGCGCUCAUAGCACUGUAUAAUGUAAUUUCAGAUUUCCAUUUAAAGCUGUCCAAGAAGUCCAGUUUUCCAUUUUAGUCUUUUGUCUGUUACCAUUUUCACACCUUCCUGAGGCCAUACACGAAGAGAAAGUGUAGCUGCACUUUUGAGCCUUAGUUCAGAGCACAUUGAGAUCAGGUUUUGUCCCAUAUGGUAGCAGCUUGCGAAAUGAACAGAUUUCCGUUGCUUUCCCCACAAGUACUCGUCAACUCAUACAGCUUCAUUUUGUAGAUGGUAGGCCUACAAGUAAUUUCAGCUUUUUACUCCAUUCUUUUCUCUUUUCAUCAUAACAAUAUUUAGUUUUUUUAAGACAAUGAUUACCGGUGUCUGUAGUGUAACACUUAUGUUCUUUACUAUUGCAUGCAGAAGAAAUGAGUUUGAUUUUUGUGUAGAGAGAAUUGUAAUCGAGUAUCUGAUCUCCAUCUGUCUUCCGGGACAGUGUCUCCUUCUCAGCCUUGGUUGGACCUGACAUACAUUGCUGAAAUUGCCAUUUAAAACUGGCCAUACUAAUUAAUUAAUAUUAUGGUGUCUUUUUAGUUUUAAUUCGACAGAAAUGCAUGGCUAAGAAUAGAUGCUUUUACAAUAUCUUUCUUGGCUAAGGUGUUCUCCUGUACUUUAACUGACCCACAUACUUUUCUUGCUCCUGAAGAGACAGUCGGUACAUUCAGAUUAACGGGUCUAAUAAUGUUAAUCCAUGACAAAAGUGGAGUGGAUGGGUGCAAGUCUGUUGUUCACAAUACUUCUGUGUAGAAUUGCUUUCUGUGUAUUUUACAAGGAUUCGUGAAUAAUGCUGUGUCCUGUCUAGAGUAGUUUAUGGUUGUUCUAUAUUUUUACUGACUUUUGCAGCUUUUUUCUUUGCGUAAAGCGUCAAAAUCUUGUUUUUGUUGAUUAGCUGUUUGAGUGAAAUCUUGUCUGAAAGGUUUUUCACAAGAUAGUUCUUCUGCAUUGCUUCAAAGGGGAGAAAAGUUAGAAUGGCACAUCACAUCAGGUUUUCAUUGUGUUGAUGGAUUAUUAUGAUUGUGUUGCGACAUGGUGGAAUCAGGUGCUCGUCGAUUGUUGGGGUUAUUAUAGAGUUUAUUGCUAUCAUCUUAAAGCUUGAUCAUUUGUCUUGCUUUUAAUAAUAAAAGCAAUUCAUCUGUCUUGAAUACAAGUUGAGAUAUCAGUAAUUGGAGAAGGUGGUGUCGUGAAGUUAACGAGGAAAUGAUCACGAAAGUUUUGUGAUUUCCAAAUCUUGGUAGCCCUUGUAUAUUGCAAAUUUACAUUUCCUGUGCCUUUGAUAAAUGUUUUUUCCCAGUAAAAUAGCACAAAAAUGUGUUUUUAAAUGGACAUAAAAGGUCUUGAGUCCCCCCCCCCCCCCCCUCCGCCAUGCCCCCUAAAAACGUUGAUAUUGCCCAACGAGUACUUGGAUUUUCCCAGUCACCUGAUUUCAACACAGUGCCACACAUUGUUUCCUCUGUUUUUGGUUUUUAUCAGCAUAUGUUAUGAGCAUUGUUUUUGUACUUUAGUAAGGCGUGUUGGUUUUUGGUGUUUCUUAAACUCUAAUGCAUGUCCUAUAUUCACUGAAAAGUGAUACUGUGUACAAUGGAAAAUCAUUUGUUUACUUCUUUCCUUAACCCUUACAGCCCCAGUCGCAUAUAUUCCCCUCACAAGUUUUCGUUUUCCCCAGCACAGUCAAUUGUAUUUCCAUCACAGGGUGUGGCCACCUGAAACCCAGACUGGUAUUUUUGCUGAAAAAAUUUAUCCAAUUGUCCGUGGAAAAUAUUCUACAUGUUAUCUUCUUAAAAUUCAAACAAAUGCAGUGUAAAAAUAUUUUUAAUGUCUGCUAUAAAUUAAAGACACAAUCAGUAUUCUCUGGGUCUGAUGAGUGAAGAACUCCAAUAUUAUCUAUGUUUGAUAGAAAUGAGAGUUAAAAUAGCCUGGUGCUGUAAGGGUUAACAGUUUUUCUUUCUUCAUCACUGUUGUAUGUUGUGUUAUCAACAGUUUUGUGGCCUCAAUGUAAGUGGUAGUUUGUGUUUUGUUCUUUUGGUUCUGUAUUGGCAGAUAUUCUUUUUCAGUUUUUGCUAUUCUAAGCACAAAAAACACACAUUUUUAUGGUAGUAGUUCUGUUAAUUAUUGUCAUUUUUUUUACGUGUGGUUCUUUCUGUUAAUUCAAUUAUAUGUUUUGUCCAUCUCAUGUCUUUGAAGGGGAGAGGGAGAAGAGUAAUACAUUGAUUUUCUGAAAAGAGUGAUGUUGACAAAGUGUCCUUUGAAGAUGUAGGCUGCUUGCAAUGAACAAAUACCCAGUUACUUGGAUGUACCGGUACUCUAAGUAUGUGGUGAUCAAUGGCAUUAGUUGUUAAAAUUUCGAUGUGUUGUGUUUACCUUCAGUUUGCUAGAAAUCUUACACAUGCCUUCUGUGUUCAUGUAUACUUAUUUUUCAUAUAGUGUUUGUCUUUUUCUCUACUAUUUUGCCUUCUGUUGUUCUCAACGUCAUUGCUAGUCUGUGAAGUCAGUGAAAUUUUCUUCUUCUUCUUUGUCAAUGAUUUGUUUCCAAUGCUUUUAUUUUCUUGCUGAGCUAUUUUUUUUCUUUCAUGAAUUACUGAAGCCCGGUCUGAGCUGUUUUUACUUAUUUCAAGGUCUAGUAAUUGCCUAAUCGACACAUGGGAUAAAAUUGUUGUUUGUUUGGGAUUGAUUUAAUGGAAGAUGAAAGAUCUCCGCAAAGCAUUUGCGCAUUUUGCAUCAGGCGUCUGAAGUGUUUCCACAUAUGGUAUCUCAAUCUGACAAGUGGUGAAAAAAGCUGUUCAAUGUCAUGUUAAUGUUUAGCUCUGAGUUCCAUUCUAAUGCACGCUGCACCUUCCAAUUCAUCUUGAGGCUAUCGGUACUGUUUUUAGCUGUAGAUAUUGUCCUAGGUAUUCUGUUUUUCUUCUUGAGGAGACGAAAAAAACUGCUCGUUGUGAUUUUUGUAUGCUCUUUGAAACUUUCUACACUUAGUGUCCAAGCACUGUUAACGUUUUUACUGAAAAGUUGUAUAGUUCUCAUGCUUAGCAUAAAAUUGUGCCCUCUAUCUAACUAUGAUAAUAUGUACUAAAUUGAUUAUAUAAUAAUACAUCUGUGAAACAAUUGUGGUGCUUCCCAUUAUUCCUCUGUUUAGCUCGAGAAAUCAUCUCUCAUUACUUGUGCUCUCUGAUGUUUCCAUCCUCUAUGAAAUGUUGGUUUUAUUGACUUCACUGACCAGAGAUGACUAAAUACCUCUGUUUUACAAUGCCAGUAGAACAUUUGCUUACCUAAAUUAUGGGUAAAAGGACAUGCCACUUGUUCAUUGGGCAUUAAGUUUAAGCUAAACUACAGAUCCCAAGCUGAGCAUUCUUGAACGUGACUUUAUUUUCAGCGACAUUUUUACGCCUCACCUCCCAGUUGCCUUGGUGCAAUAGGAGAUGGAUGUUAAAUUCAGAGGUUCCGCUUUUAAAAUAAAAUUGAUCUGACACUUUUGAGAGGGGCAUAAAUCCAUAUAUAUCAUACUAAUAGUAUAGUUGCAUUCAUCUUCUGAUACCAAAACAACCAGGGUGUAAAGAUUCAUUUAUAUUAUGUUACAUUUUUGGCAGUAGUUACAUGAAAGAGAAAUGUCUUCUGAACAAAGCAUUUUUCAGUUGUGUAACUAUAACGUAUGUAUUGUUUUAUAAUAUCCUUUGUUGAUGGUAAGUGCUUUUGUUGGGUCACGAAAAGUUGCUUAUUAUGCUGAUCAUUAUUUAAUGUGGAUUUUCAUUUCAUUACAUGAUCAGUUGACAUUGGAUGUGAUAACUUUGUGCCUGACUAAAGAUUUCGUGAUAUAGAUGUUAUGUAUUUCAGUGAUAUAAUUACUAAUGACUAAAGUAUAUUUUAGUGACUUUAUUAUUAGUUAGUGACGAUUACCAUAAUUAUGUUGCAUAACUUCUACUUUACAGUAGAUAACUGCAUAAUGUGGCAUUUAGAGAUUUGACAUUUGAGAUCGAUUACUUACAGAUUGUUGUUGUUGUACUUGUUGUUGUUUUAUCAUUUAUAUCAUGUGAUCAUGGUUUCGUCAGUUGUCAAUGAUGUGCAAGUAAUUGGUUACCACAAUAAAGUCAGUCUUAUCGAACACCCUA